GUGGUCGCGGAAACAGAAUGGCCAUCCUCGUGGCCCGCGGAGGCCUCGCAGUCUAUUAUGGGGGUUGGAGGGGCGACCCCCUCACGCCGGUCUACCAAUGAGGUACAAGCGGUUGUGAUUAACAGGGAUGGCUCCUUAGAGAAACCGGCGUUGUUUACACCAUUGGUGGCGCGUGUCCCCGGAACUCUUCUGGGGCGGGAUUUCUUGCGACAGAUAGGCAUUCCGCAGUAUCCUCUGAACACCUUUAAGGGAUACGUCACUAAUGUUACUGCUUGCGAUAACGACGCCGAUUUAGCCAGCCAAACAGCAUGCUUGAUAAAGGCUCUAAAUACAACCCUCCCUUGGGACCCCCAAGAAUUGGAUAUUUUAGGGUCCCAGAUGAUCAAGAACGGAACAACACGUACGUGUGUUACCUUUGGUUCGGUGUGCUAUAAAGAGAACAAUCGCAGUAGAGUUUGUCACAAUUUUGAUGGGAAUUUUAAUGGGACUGGUGGGGCGGAAGCAGAAUUGCGUGACUUCAUAGCAAAAUGGAAAAGUGAUGACCUUCUUAUAAGGCCCUAUGUCAACCAAUCAUGGACGAUGGUAAGUCCAAUAAACAUAGAGAGUUUUUCAAUAAGUCGUAGAUAUUGUGGAUUCACCAGUAACGAGACUCGUUACUAUAGAGGGGACCUUUCUAAUUGGUGUGGUUCAAAAAGGGGAAAAUGGUCAGCGGGGUACAGCAACGGGACAAAAUGUUCCAGCAACACGACGGGUUGCGGUGGUAAUUGCACAACGGAAUGGAAUUAUUAUGCAUAUGGGUUUACCUUCGGGGAACAGCCAGAGGUGUUGUGGAACAAUGGGACUGCUAAGGCACUCCCCCCAGGUAUCUUCUUGAUUUGUGGGGACAGGGCUUGGCAAGGCAUCCCGCGUAAUGCCUUGGGAGGGCCCUGUUAUCUAGGACAAUUGACUAUGCUCUCUCCUAACUUUACCACCUGGAUAACAUAUGGGCCGAACAUUACGGGUCACCGCCGUAGCAGGCGCUCGCUGAGUCGUCUCUCGCCUGACUGCGGUGAUGAGCUACAGCUAUGGAGUGUGACAGCCCGGAUAUUUGCUUCUUUCUUUGCUCCUGGUAUAGCAGCAGCACAGGCCUUAAAGGAGAUCGAACGACUGGCAUGUUGGUCGGUUAAGCAAGCAAAUUUAACAUCAUUAAUAUUGAAUGCGAUGCUGGAGGACACGAGCAGCAUCCGGCACGCAGUGUUGCAGAAUCGAGCAGCCAUCGAUUUCUUACUCCUGGCGCAGGGACACGGGUGUCAAGACGUGGAAGGGAUGUGUUGCUUCAAUCUCAGCGAUCAUAGUGAGUCCAUUCACAAGGCGCUCCAAGCCAUGAAGGAACAUACAGAGAAGAUACGGGUGGAAGAUGAUCCCAUAGGGGACUGGUUUACGCGCACGUUUGGUGAUCUAGGAAGGUGGCUCGCGAAAGGUGUUAAGACGCUACUGUUUGCCUUGCUUGUCAUAGCCUGUCUAUUAGCUAUCAUUCCAUGUAUAAUCAAGUGCUUCCAGGAUUGUCUAUCGAGAACAAUGUAUCAGUUUAUGGAUGAACGCAUAAAAUAUCAUAGAAUUAGGGAACAGUUGUAGGUUCCGAGUGCGAUGUGACGAGAGUUAUAUGCAUAGGGAGGGGGAGAUGUUGCUGAUAUUUAUGGUGUCCAUGGCGAUUACAGAGUGUCACAAACAACUACAAUGGACACAAGAACAUAUGCAGAAAAUUAAAGAAGAGCGUGAUCCCUUUGGAAGCUGGCUGGACGGACUGUUUGGGGGAACGGGUUCAUGGUUAAAGCAAUUGCUUAAAGCUCUCGCAGUAGGAUUUGCAAUCUUUGUGUGUAUUCUAAUCUGUCUUCCAUGCUUUGUAGGAUGCUUGCAGAACUGCCUUCAACGAAUGAUGGACAAGACUUUUGACUAUCACAUUGAGUAUCAUAGAUUGCGUGAAAAAUUAUAGAGGGGUUUAGGUUGUUGCGUUCGUGCUGUAACGGGGCAAGGC